UUAAGCCUUUCAUUUCGCGCUAGUAUACCCGCUUGCAGAAAUACUACGAGACUAUUUACACCUGAAGACAUCAAAGCAAGCGAGGAAUUGUUGAAGGUAACAGAUUGUAUAACUUCAAGCCACACGAGUCACCAGUGUAUUUGGACAUCGUUUAAGCGCUCAAUUGCAAAUUAAAUCGAGAUAGCCAAUCCCUGGAAACCGAACUCGGAUACGGCGAAUACAUCAGCACUAUCAUACUAUGAACGGCAUCAUCACUGGGACUUCGUGUAAAACAACAUUGCAACAGCAUAAGUUUGAUAUCCCGCAGCGCGAUGACUUGUACGCAACGUCUAACGUUGCAGUCAAAAGUAACAGGCAUUUAGUGCGCGGAUCUGUACAUCCACUGCACAACCAGCUCCUGCGAAGAAGCGCCUGCCAGUGAUACAGGUAAUCAGAGAGAGAGAGGAGAUAUAGUUUCCCACGGGUCGAUUUCAGUGUUUAUUUUGAAACUGUAAAAAAAAAAACCCCGAAAAAACGGAACACGCGAAAGAGCGGGGGAAGCCUUAGGGACACAUUUGAAGUGGUGGCUGUCGCACCCAUCGCAUGGCUUGCGGGAAAACGUGUAAUGCCAGGCUAAAGAGGAAAAGGUAUUGCACGGCGCCUUACAAAGUACUUGGGCACAAUCAAUCCAAAAUGAUUGGGCAUAUAAAGGAACAUACCCGAAAUAUUGAUGAUAAUGAAAACCUCACCAAAGAGAUUACAAGCAGCAGAUCUUCAGGCGACAACGGGAACGGAAGGAGAAAGUUUGCAUUAAGUACAUGGAGUGUGUGGGCGUUCUUGUUUUUUAAUACCCACGUGUUGAAAGCUCUGGCCCAAGGUGAUGUGGCUCCGUACUUCAAAACUGAGCCAGGACCCCCAGAAAUCCACCUGGAGGGCAAUCGCUUGGUCAUGACCUGUCUGGCUGAGGGCAGUUGGCCCCUGGAGUUCAAGUGGAUGCUCAACAACACAGAAAUCACCUCCUUCUCUCACCAAUACAAGUAUACCAUUCAGUCUCUGCAGCGCACCGAUGUUGGAUUUUACCAAUGUGUGGCGAGGAACAGGAUGGGUACUCUUAUGCAGAGGAAAGCAGAAAUACAGGUCGCUUACAUGGGAAGCUUUGUGGAGUCCGAGCAGAGGAAGACGGUGACGCAGGGCAGAGCGGCCAUCCUCAACUCACCGGCGGUCAGCUGCUUCCCCCGGCCUCAAGUCACGUGGUUCCGAGACGGCUACAAGAUCAUCCCGAGCACCAGAGUGGCCAUAACGCUGGACAACCAGCUGGUGGUGCUGUCGACAGCUGGGGGCGAUACGGGGAGGUACUACGUCCAAGCGGUUAACGAAAAGAAUGGGGAAAACAAGACAAGCCCGUCCAUCUACCUGACCGUAGCAGCAAGCAAGAAGAACAGAGGAUCUGUAGAUUCGGAUGCUCCCGCAGACCCUGUGGCACCAGCGAUUGUGAUUCCACCCAGGAACACCACGGUGACGGCCGGGGCCAGCGAGGCCACGCUGGAGUGCGUGGCUAACGCAAGGCCGGUGGAGAAACUGAAACUGUCCUGGAAGCGAAAUGGUGUGGAGCUGACGAGUGGAGUGGGCAUGUUCGGAAGGAGGCUGAGCAUCGUCAACCCAACCUCCGCCAGUGUGGGAGCAUAUGUGUGCGAGGCAUCCCUGUCAGACACCGACGCCAAGACGGUAGAGGCCAAGGCUUUCCUCUCAUUCACAGAGCCACCGUACUUCACCAGCGAGCCCCAGAGGAAGACCAUGGGAGAGGUGGAGAGGACCGUGGACAUCCAAUGUCAGGCCAGAGGAGUCCCCACGCCCAGACUGGAGUGGUACAAGGACUCGGUGCCGCUCCACAGGUUGAACAACCCCCGCUACAGGGUAAUGUCCAGCCUGGGCCUGCAGAUACGGAGGGUGCAGCCCAGCGACGCCGGAAUCUUCCAGUGCUUCGCUAGGAACUCGGCUGGAGAAAUCCAAGCGCACACUUACCUGGAUGUCACAAGCAUGACCCCCAUCUUCACCCGGGCUCCCUCUGACAUCACAGUGACCGACGGCGCCGUGGCGACCUUUGCGUGCGAGGUCUCGGGGGCGCCCAAACCUGCCAUCACCUGGAGGAGAGGCACUCAGAUUUUGGCCAGCGGCUCUGUCCAGAUCGAGCGCUUCACCCUCUUGGAGUCCGGAGGGCUGCAGGUGGCACCCGUCUCCCUCCACGACACUGGGAGCUACACCUGCUACGCCAGCAACUCCCAGGGAGCCCUGAAUGCCACCUCCGCUCUGACCGUGUGGAGCCGCACCUCCAUCUCCCAGCCCCCCACGGACCGCCGUGUCAUCAAAGGGACCAUGGCCGUUCUGGAGUGCGGUGCCACCCACGACCCCAGAGUGUCCGUCAGGUUUGUGUGGAAAAAAGACGACGCCGUGGUCAGCCAGUCCACCGGGGGGCGCGUGACACUGAAGGAUGGCUCCCUGCACAUCAGCCAGACCUGGUCGGGGGACAUUGGGGAUUACACCUGCGACGUCCUCUCACAGGCCGGCAACGACUCCAAAUCGGCACGCUUGGAGGUCAUCGAACUGCCCCACUCCCCGCGGAACCUCCAGGCCAGCCUGAACACCAACGACAGCCGCAAGGUGGACCUGUCCUGGGUGCCGCCCUUCGACGGCAACAGCCCCCUCCUGCACUACAUCGUGGAACUCUCCGAAAACAACUCCCCGUGGAAGACGAAUCUACCCAAAGUGGACCCUGUCCUCUCAGGGGCGGUAGUGAGGGGGCUGACCCCAGCCCGGACGUACCAGUUCAGGGUCUGUGCCGUCAACCAGGUGGGGAAGGGACAGUACAGCGCAGCCACGAACAGGCUGAUGCUGCGAGAGGAGGCGCCCAGCGCUCCACCCAAGAACAUCGUGGCCAGCGGGCGGACCAACCAGUCCAUUAUGGUGCAGUGGCAGCCUCCCCCCGAAGCCCAGCUCAACGGGGUCCUGCGGGGUUACGUCCUCAGGUACCGCCUGGCGGGACUCCCCGGCGACUACCAGCUGAAGAACAUCAGCAGUCCGGAGAUAAACUACUGCCUGAUCUCCGAGCUCAUCAUCUGGACGCAGUACGAGAUCCAGGUGGCUGCGUUUACCGCCGCGGGCCUGGGCGUGUUCAGCCCAGCCCUGUCGGAGUACACUCUGCAGGGAGUGCCGACGGCGCCACCUCAGAACGUGGAGGCCAAGGCCCUCAACUCGACCACGGUCAAAUUCACAUGGAACCCACCUCCGCAGCAGUUCAUCAACGGCAUCAACCAGGGCUACAAGCUUCUAGCAUGGCCGGAGCGAUCUCCCGAAGUGGUUACCGUGGUGACCAUCACCCCUGACUUCCACGGCGCGCGUCACGUGGGCUACAUCAGCGGCCUGAGGAAGUUCACCUGGUACCUGACGUCGGUGCUGUGCUUCACCACGCCCGGUGACGGCCCUAGCAGCCCCCCCCACAUGGUCCAGACCCACGAGGACAAACCAGGCCCGGUGGGUCACCUGAGCUUCACAGAGAUCUUGGACACCUCUCUACGUGUCAGCUGGCUGGAACCAGUGGACAAGAACGGCGUGAUCAUAGGUUACCUGGUUUCCUGGGAGGUGCAGGGAAAGAACUCUUCCCGGGUGUUGCGCACGCUGGCCAACACCACCCGGGAGUACAAGGUGACGGGCCUCACCUCCCUCACCACCUACACCCUGGAAGUGGCGGCCAUGACGGAGGCUGGGACGGGCACCAUCACCUCCUCCACCAUCUCCUCAGGGGUUCCCCCGGAGCUUCCUGGAGCCCCAUCGAACCUUGUGAUUUCCAAAAUAAGCCCUCGAUCGGCCACACUGAAGUUCCGUGCUGGUGACGAGGGGAAAACGUCAAUCUCCAAAUGGAUCGUUGAGGGGCAGGUGGGCAGCAUCAGUGAGGAUGAGGAGUGGAGGCUUCUAUACGAAAAAGAAAAUGAACCAGAUGCUCAAGUUCUGGAAAUCCCCAACCUCACACCCUUCACUCAGUACAGGUUCCGGAUGCGUCAAGUGAACAUCGUGGGUUCCAGCCCUGUGAGCCAGCCCUCCCGUGUGAUCCAGACCCUGCAGGCCCCCCCAGACGUGCCCCCCAGCAGCGUGACUGUGCGCACGGCCAGCGAGACCAGUUUAUGGAUGCGAUGGGUGCCGUUACCUGACUCUGAGUACAACGGGAACCCGGAGAGCGUGGGCUACCGGAUUAAGCUCUGGCGGGCGGAGUCGCAGGACCAGCCCAGGAUCCACUUGGUGAGCGACCGCUUAGAGAGGGAGAUAACCCUGGAGGGCCUGGAGGAAUGGGCCGAGUACCUGCUGCAGAUCCAGGCCUUCAACUUUAUUGGCCCCGGGCCCUGGAGCGAGACUGUGAGGGGCCGCACGCGGGAAUCAGUGCCGUCGGGGGCCCCUGAGAACGUGACGGCGGAGGCGGUGAGCUCCACGGGGAUCCUCGUUUCCUGGGGCCCGGUGCCGGAGAAGGAGCAGAACGGGCACAUCCUGGGGUACAAGGUGCUGUAUAAGGAGCAGGACUCGGACUCGGAGCCCCGGGUGCAGCUGGUGAAAGGGAACCUCACGCAGUCGGCGCUAGUGCGUAGCCUGCGCCGCUACAUCCGCUACCAGAUCCAGGUGCUGGCCUUCACCCGCAUCGGGGACGGAGAGCCCAGCAGCCCCCCGGCUCUGGAGCGGACUCAGGAUGACGUCCCAGGGCCGCCCGUCAGGUUGGUGUUCCCCGACGUGGGCCUGACGGAGGUGAGGGUGGUGUGGCAGCCCCCGGUGGACCCCAACGGCAUCAUCUUGGGGUACCAGAUAGCCUACUGCUUGAAUGGCAGCAACCUAAAGCAGUUCACCACAGUGGAGGUGGAGUCCGACGCCCGGCAGUUUGUGGUGAAUGGCCUGGCUCCAGACUCUGCAUACAUCUUCCGCAUCUCCGCUCGGACGCAGCAGGGCUGGGGCCUCCCGGAGCAGGCUGUGGUCAUAACGACGGAGACACGAGAGCGUCCUCAGCCCCCGAAGAGGCUGAGCGUGGCCCAGGAAGAGGUGCAGUCCCGCCGGCUGCUCCUGCGCUGGGUGCCGGGGGGGGACGGCUCCUCGCCCGUGCGCUACUUCACCCUGCAGACCUGCGAGCUGCCCGCCGGAGCCUGGCACACCCACUCCUCUGCCAUCCGGCCCAACAGCACCUCCUGGGAGGUGGAGAAACUAAAACCCUUCACGUCCUACAAGCUGAGGAUGAUGGCGACCAAUGACAUCGGAGACAGCGCCUACAGCAACGAGACGGAAGUGGUCACAACUUUACAAGACGCUCCAGACGAACCCCCCGUCAUCCUGAGCGUGAAGCCGUCCACCACCACUUCCGUGCUGGUUCGCUGGCAGGCACCCAGGGAUGAGAGCGUGAACGGGGUCCUGGCGGGGUAUCGGCUGUACUACCGUGAGCUCCAGUAUGACAACUCCCCGCUGGAGUCGAAGACAGCUCCCAACACCUCCUCCGCUCGAGCGCACGUGACGGCGAAAAGCUCUUUCAAGACGGUGAACGGUGCUUCAACAACGGAAUUCGAGCUAACCCAGCUCAGCAAGUACAAGCGCUAUGAAAUCGUGCUAACGGCCUACAACAUCGUCGGAGAGAGCCCGCCCAGCACGCCGGUGGAGGUGUUUGUCGGCGAAGCGGCUCCGUCAUUGGCUCCCCAGAACAUCCAGGUGAACACGCUGUCGGCCACGCAGUUGGAAGUGUUGUGGGAGGCCCCUCCUGUAGAAACUCAGAACGGAAACAUCCAGGGCUACAAGAUCCAUUACUGGGAGCAGGACGGCCAGAACGAGACGGAAAAGGUGAAGAUCCUGUUCCUCCCGGAGACCACGGUGAGGUUGAAGAACCUGACCAGUUACACCACCUACGUGGUGAAGCUGUCGGCCUUCAACGCUGCCGGCGACGGGCCCCAGAGCGAGCCCAGGACGGGCCGCACCCUCCAGGCAGCUCCCAGCAUCCCGAGCUUCAUCACGUUCUCGGAGAUCUCCAGCACCGCGCUCAACGUGUCCUGGGGGGUCCCUCUUUCCCCCAACGGCGUGGUGGAGGGGUACAGGGUGGUGUACGAGCCCACCGCUCCGAUUAACGGUGUAACCAAGGUGGUGACGGUGGAUGUAAGGGGCAACCAACAGAGCUGGCUGAAGGUGCGGGACUUGACGAAGGGGGUUAACUACUACUUCCGCGUGCAGGCCAAGACCAUCAGCUUUGGCCCCGAGCUGGAGGCCAACAUCACCGCGGGGCCUGUGGAAGGGUCUCCUGGUUCCCCAAAACAGAUGUCAAUCACAAAGUCUUCCUCUGCUCUCACCAUUCAUUGGUCAGCAGGAGAUAAAGGGGCGGGACCUGUCACAGGUUACAUCAUCGAGGCACGCCCUUCAGAUGAGGGAUUAUGGGAUGCCAUUGUGAAGCACUUGCCUCCCAGCAGCACCUCCUAUUCCAUCAGCCUGGACCGACUCAGGCAGGGAGUGAGCUACCAAUUCCGGGUGCUGGCUGUCAACACGGUCGGCUACGGCGAGCCUAGUGCGCCCUCUGCUGCCAUGUCGGCCCAGGUGGAGACACCUUUCUAUGAAGAGUGGUGGUUCCUCGUUGUUGUGGCGUUAUGUGGCGUGAUCUUCGUCCUGCUGGUGGUCUUCGGUUUGGUUCUACAUGGCCAGAACAAGAAGUACAGGACCUACAGCACAGGGAAAGCAGUUUCCACAGUAGAAGAGACUGUCACCUUGGACAACGGAGGCUUUACCGCACUGGAGCUCAACAGUAGGCUCAAUGUGAAAAGCUCCUUCCUGAAGAAGAAUGGGACCAGGUCUCCGCCCCGGCCCAGCCCCGGGGGACUGCGCUACUCGGACGAGGACCUGUGCAAUAACUACAACGGCACGGCGCUGACUGACAGCGGCACGCUGUCAGAGAAGCCGCCCACCGUCGCCGAAACGGAGGACACAGACAGCGAAGGUGAGGACGAGCAGCCCAAGCACUCGUUUGUGAACCACUACAUGAGCGACCCGGCCUACUUCAGCUCCUGGAAACGGCAGCACAAGGGUCUGCAGCACAGCCUGGCCUACGGGUACGAGGAGUGCGCCGCAGUGGAGCCCGAACCCUACUACCAGACUGUGGUCACCACCCACAGCGCGGGCGGGGCCUACACGCCCACGGGACAGCCCGACCCCGGCUCCCGGACUCCUGCCACAGGCUUUUCCUCUUUUGUGUGACCCGGGUACCCUCCCCCACCACUCCCUCCCCCAAAUAAUCCUGCCCUGACUCAACACUGUCGCCACUGGAAGACCACAGGAAGCCUGGAGUACUGUAACUCAAUAAUGACCUUGGAUAUUUUUGAGGAAAAAAAAGCAAAGUUUAUCCCUUGUUAAUAACAUGUCCUUUCUUAUGUACAGUUAUGCUGUUACGCCAUUCAUCAAUAAGGCCAAUUUUUUUGUCAGAAGGAAAAUUGUAAAUAUUGAUUUUUGUCUGCAACAACUAAAAAAAAGAAAGUUGAAAAUUCCUUUCCAGAAGUGGAGGUUAUUCUAGGCAGCACUCCUGCCUUUAGAUUAUAUGGCUGUAUUUUUCAUUGUGUGUGCUGCCUUGACUCUGGGGACUGGUGGUGGUUUCACGGCUUUAGCAGGGUAACCAGGUGUAGCCUGGACCUCAUUAACAAGACAGUGACGGAGAGAACAUUCGCCUCAUGGAAUAUGUUUUCACUUGAAAAAAGGAAAGUGGUAUUCACUGUCAAUGUCACCAGUCCGAAAUAGGAAGCAAAGAUGAUGCAAGUUUCUAAAUGACUUCCCACUUCAUUAGUCACAGGACCCACAACUCAAAACAAAGGGUGGACAGUACAAAAAGUACUCAAGCAUUUAAAAGAAACCACAGUGACUACAAAAUGUCCAAGACACUAAAUAAAGACCAUUGAUUGAUUGA